AUGUUGGUUGUCCUCAUGCUGAGCUGCUUGCGGAUUCGCUUCCUAGCCAAUUUCCUCCUUGGGGAACCUGUUAUUGCUCCAUUUAAGCGACAUGACGACAUUCUUCUGGCGACAAUCGUGUGCGGUCACCGUUGUUUGGUUUUCUAUGCGCCGUUCGAUGGUAUUUACAAACUUUCUAAAAUUAUGCCUGUCUAUAGUGUACUGUCAGUAAUGAAGGAGGUGAAGCGAGCUUACAAGGGUGGCCGUUGCCCAGUUCGCAAUAAUCUUCUCAAGUGUUGUCUUUCUUAA